CCGUGAGACGCACCGAGGCACGCGGUGAGCACAAGGAUCAGCGGACCGCCGUGGACACUUAACAACUCGACCUGCCCGAUAGAGUCACGUCAUUCAGCCCAGCAUGACCACGCAGUACAGCAUCCAGUUCAAGCAAGAACAAGCCCAUGAGGAUGCCAUCUGGUCAGUGGCGUGGGGAAAGAACGAAAAGGACGGCACGGACAAUAUCAUCACAGGCUCCGUGGAUGACCACGUCAAGUGCUGGAAAUGGGCGGAUGAUAAGCUGGAGCUGCAGUGGACAUUGGAGGGCCACCAGUUGGGAGUGGUGUCUGUGGAUAUCAGCCCUACAGGGGCACUAGCAGCCUCCAGCUCCCUGGAUGCAAACCUUCGCCUCUGGGACCUGGAGUGUGGCAGUGAGCUCAAAACGAUCGAUGCAGGACCAGUGGAUGCCUGGUCAGUAGCGUUUUCCCCAGACUCAAGGUUCUUGUCUACAGGCAGUCACAUGGGGAAAAUAAAUAUCUUCGGCAUUGAAAGUGGCAAAAAGGAGUCCACUCUCGACACAAGAGGAAAAUUCAUUCUCAGCCUUGCCUACAGUCCCGAUGGUAAACACUUGGCUAGUGGUGCCAUAGAUGGCAUCAUAAACAUUUUUGACAUUUCAACUGGCAAACUUCUCCAUACGCUAGAAGGCCAUGCUAUGCCCAUUAGGUCUCUGACCUUUUCUCCGGACUCCCAACUUCUGAUCACUGCCUCGGACGAUGGUUACAUCAAAAUAUAUGAUGUACAACAUGCAAAAUUGGCAGCGACUUUGAGCGGACAUGCCUCUUGGGUUCUGAACGUGUCCUUUUGUCCUGACAAUACCCACUUUGUGUCCAGCUCUUCGGAUAAAAGCGUAAAAGUGUGGGACUGUGGGUCCAGGACAUGCGUGCACACAUUUUUUGACCAUCAGGACCAGGUGUGGGGUGUGAAGUACAACAGCACUGGCUCCAAGAUCGUCUCUGUUUCUGACGACAGGGCAGUUCACAUUUACGAUUGCCCCAUGUGAUGACAAGGCACAUUACAGCAACUGGCAGCGAUCAAAUGGACUAGACAAAGGUCUACAGUUGAGCUGUAAAUGUAAAAAGUAUUUUUCGAUUUCGUGUAUAAAAAUGUAGACCUUCUGCAAGCAUUGUUCUAAUCCAAAUUUGCUUUCACUCAUUCCCUUUCCACUUCGUUUAAUAUUGUUGCGGCAUGUAUUUGAAAUUCCUGGAACUGCUUCGAUUAUUGCAUUAAAG